ACGGGGCAGACAAUUAAAAUCGCUGGCCAAUUAUAAUCUAUUUGUUUUCACACAAAUUACGCCAUUAUUUCCCUAAAUGCUUAUUUUAUUCUUAGGUGAAGGUUUUGAGAGCGUCAACUAAAAAAGAGAAAGGAACACGACGUCGCGCGCACUCGUGGACGCGCGUUAAGCUUGAAUCUUGAAGUUUGGUAAUCCGUUAGAAGAAAGCACGUCCCCGAGAAAGGGUGGCUGCUUUAGAUCUUGUUCAUGUAGGAGGUAUCUCGAAUCUUAGCGGGCGUUAUGUUCAAUGUUUUUAAUGCAUUAACGCCUCGGAACUACUUGGGAGGACAAUCGAUUUGCUCAGUUUCUAUUUUGGUUGAGGAAGGAACCCCGCGGUGGACAACACUGGGCCGCCAAGAGUUGGAGCUCUGCUUGGUGUUCUGCAUGAAAUCAAUGUUCUACUCCCGGUGGAUUAUUGAGGUCGGGACACGUUGAGGAAGAUCUACAUCAUUUUGGAUGAUACCAGUGAGCUACUGUGUACAAAAGAGCACAGAAUUUCCUGGACUGGCCAGCGGAGUGACACAGGCUAAGCUAGGUUAUUAAAGCUAGCGUUGCGUUCAACUUGUGUGGUAAUUAGCAACACUUCUCUGUUGGACACAUGCUACCACUAAUAAUUACUUACAGUCACAAACUUUCCAUUUAUUUCAACAAUCUGUCAUUGAAUGACGCACUGUAGGAGUCACAAUGUCCUUCUUUAACUUCCGUAAAAUAUUUAAAUUGGGGUCUGAGAAGAAGAAGAAACAAUACGAGCAUGUUCGAAGAGAUGAAAACCCCGAGGAAAUAUGGAACAUUAUCGGUGAACUGGGAGACGGAGCCUUUGGGAAAGUGUUUAAGGCUCAGAACAGACAGACGGGUGUCCUAGCUGCUGCCAAAGUUAUUGACACGAAGACUGAGGAGGAGUUGGAAGACUACAUGGUGGAAAUUGACAUACUGGCCUCGUGUGACCACCCAAACAUUGUCAAGCUGCUGGAUGCUUUCUAUUACGAGGGCAAACUCUGGAUUCUCAUUGAGUUCUGUGCAGGAGGCGCUGUGGAUGCGGUCAUGUUGGAACUAGAGAGACCCCUGACAGAACCCCAGAUCAGGGUGGUGUGCCGGCAGACUCUGCAGGCUCUGGUCUACCUUCAUGACAAUAAAAUCAUCCACAGAGACCUGAAGGCUGGCAACAUCCUGCUCACUCUAGAUGGUGAUGUUAAACUGGCUGACUUUGGUGUGUCUGCCAGAAACAUCAAAACAUUACAAAGGAGAGACUCCUUCAUCGGAACACCAUACUGGAUGGCACCCGAGGUUGUCAUGUGUGAGACGUCUAAGGACCGGCCGUAUGACUACAAAGCUGAUAUCUGGUCACUUGGGGUUACCCUAAUUGAGAUGGCACAGAUUGAGCCACCCAAUCACGAGAUGAAUCCCAUGAGAGUCCUUCUAAAAAUAGCCAAGUCAGACCCUCCAACCCUGAUGCAGCCAUCACGCUGGUCUCCGGAAUUCAGUGAUUUCCUAAAGCGAUGUUUGGACAAAAACGUGGACAGCAGGUGGAGCGCAACACAACUUAUGCAGCAUUCAUUUGUGUCUAGUGUGACUGACAGCAAGCCUCUGAGGGAAAUAAUAGCUGAGGCCAAGGCUGAGGUGACCGAGGAGAUUGAAGAGCACAAAGACGAAGAGGAAGAAGAAGAAACUGAAGCAAAUCCGGGUCAUAAACGUGCUCCAUCUGAUGUCAGCGUUGCCAGUUCUGAGGACGAGAAGAUUCCUCUCUCUCCCACCAUCUUGGAAUCUGUCCCUGAGAAGGGCGAGCCACGUCUCCCAGUGGGUAACCACGCGUUGGUCACUAGCUUUGUGGAGGAGCCCGUUACUCCUGCAGCCAGGGAGCAUAAAGAGGAGAUUCCAGCUGGGAAUGACGAAAAGCAAAACAUGCUACUAGAAGGAAAGGAGGUGGCAGAACCAAGCGAGGACUUGUCAUCCCCACCUGUGGAGGAAAUUGCACAGCUAGAGAUAGCUUCUGCAGAUGAAAAGAAAGUUGAUGCUGCAGAGGUUCCCAAUCAUGAUGGAAACACAGCUCCUGUAGAGGAAGCAAAUACACCAGCAGAGGGGGACGCGCACAAACAUCUUAAUGUGACUUUGACACCACCGAGUCAGGAUGAAGUUGCCUCAAAAGAGGAGUCUACAGAAAAGGAGACUCUCCCAGACAAGGCUAAAGAUGACAAAGAGAGAGAUUCCGAUUCUGGAAUUAGCUCAGCUGCAGAAAACAGCAGUUUGGACCUCAAUCUGUCUAUCUCUAGCUUCCUGUCCAAAACAAAAGAACCUGGAUCUGUUUCUGUUCAGGAGACACGCCGUCAAAAGAAGACGUUGAAAAAGACGCGCAAAUUUGUUGUGGACGGGGUGGAAGUCAGCGUGACCACGUCAAAGAUCAUUACCGAUCAUGACACGAAGAAUGAGGAGAUGAGGUUCCUGAGACGCCAGGAGCUGAGGGAAUUGCGUCUCCUGCAGAAGGAGGAGCAGAGGGCCCAGCAGCAGCUCAGCAACAAGCUGCAGCAGCAGAAAGAGCAGAUUUACCGCCGCUUUGAACAGGAAACCACCAGUAAGAAGCGUCAGUACGACCAGGAGGUAGAGAACCUGGAAAGGCAACAGAAGCAGACCAUUGAGAGGCUGGAACAGGAGCACACCAACAGACUGAGGGAUGAGGCCAAACGCAUCAAAGCUGAGCAGGACAAAGAGUUGUCCAAGUAUCAGAACAUGCUGAAAAACCGUAAAAAAGAGGAGCAAGAGUUUGUUCAGAAGCAGCAACAGGAUCUGGACAGUGCUCUGAAGAAAAUUAUCCAGCAGCACAAACAUGAGCUGGCCACCAUCGAGAGAGACUGCCUGAAUCACAAGCAGCAGCUUCUUAGAGCAAGGGAGGCGGCCAUGUGGGAGCUAGAGGAGCGCCAUCUGCAGGAGAAACACCAGCUGUUGAAGCAGCAGCUGAAAGACCAGUACUUCAUGCAAAGACAUCAGUUGCUGAAAAGACACGAGAAGGAGAUGGAGCAAAUGCAGCGCUAUAACCAGCGCCUGGUGGAAGAGAUGAAGAACAAGCAGACCCAGGAGAGAGCCAGGCUGCCGAAGAUCCAACGCAGUGAUGCCAAGACCCGCAUGGCCAUGUUCAAGAAGAGCCUUCGCAUCACCGGAGCGGCCAUCACCCCCGAGCAGGAGCGGGAGAAGGUCAAACAGUUUGCUUUUCAGGAAGAGAAGAGGCAGAAGAACGAACGACUCCACCAGCAUCAGAAGCACGAGAACCAGAUGCGAGACCUGCAGCUCAACUGCGACGCCAACGUCAGAGAGCUUCAACAACUGCAAAAUGAGAAGUGCCAUCUUCUGAUCGAACAUGAGACCCAGAAGCUGAAGGAGUUGGACGAGGAGCACAGCCUGGAGUUAAAAGAGUGGCGAGAGAAGCUGCGGCCCCGGAAGAAGGCCCUGGAGGAAGAGUUCGCUAGGAAGUUGCAGGAGCAGGAAGUGUUUUUUAAAAUGAGCGGAGAGUCCGAGUGCCUUAACCCCUCCGCACAGAGUCGCAUCUCCAAGUUCUACCCGAUCCCCAGCGUCCAGUCCACGGGUUUCUAGGCCGACCCUCUCAUGUACACACGGAAGACGGUGCCUUGAAGUCUACUGGAACCUCCAGCAUGGAGGAUAGAAGAGUUUUGUUCUCUCUGGACUUUGUCUUGCAGCUGGGAUUGAAAUCUGAAGUCUGGCAGUCUGCUUUGACAUGCAAGCAACUUGUGGUCAUGAACUGCUGCUUUUCCUGCUCAUAACAUCUGAUCGCAACUCACAAAUGAUUAUGAUGUCAUUUACUGUCUUAUUUUUAAAUACUAUCAUUCUGUUAGAAUCAUGAAGAAGAUUCAUUGGGGGGCAAGAAAAAUUACCCCUUCUUGGGUUUUUCCGAAAAGCCUUUUUGUGUGAGACUCAAGCAGUAAAUGUGAAAGCAUCAGCCAGACGCAUGAAUAAAUCAUCAGUUUGAUGAUCUAGGGAAGAGAACGGCAGCGUUUAUUCACCUGAGCAGCACAUUCAGCGUCACAACAAAUGUGUGCAUUCUUUUUUUCUUCAUCAGCAUCCAAAUAAAGCAUUUCACCAGCAGGAGUCACAUGCAAACUUUUACUACGUUAGAAACAUUUCUACCAGGGAUGCUCCGAUCAGGGUUUUUCUGAUCAUCCGGGAUUUAAAUGGGCCGAUACCGAUCCGAUCAUAUGGAUUGAUACGUUUUUUUACGAUAUACGUUUUUCUAUUUAUUUACUGUAUGAUGAGUGACCAGGGGUGCCGUAUAAAGGGGGAAAAUCAGGGCGAUCCCAAGGUCCCUUGAUUGCCGGGGGGCCAAAAACAGGUGAAAAUUAGUAAUUUGGGGGUAACGUCAUUUUUUUUCAUGGGACCCAGAAUUCCUGGCUGCUACUGGCUAUGUAUGAAAAAGGGCCCAUAAAAACAUUUUACUUACUUUUUGAAGAUAACGUAUAUCACUCUGAAACUUCCAGAGGAUGAGACGCUUUCUUUGAAGAGACUUUGGCGAACGUGGCGGCGUCUUCCACCGCAGAGAAAGGCUGCUCAACUCCUCUGAUUAAUUCAAUUCUGUUUCGGGUUGUUAGCUGCUGUGAUUGUGAGCCUCCAAAACUCACCAUACUCCCUCAAAUUCAGAAUUAAAGCUUUGAUAUGUGUUAGCAGUUAGCUUCCACCCGGCAGACAUGAUUGUUGGUGAUUUGAACGAAGCGGGAGGACCACACUGCCAAAGACGUUAGUUAAAUCAGGAUAGUACGCUACCCGAUUGGGUCGCGGUGGGCCGCGAUAGUCAGUGCUAGCCACAAGUGAUCACACAAUUUUAUUUAUUUUUUACAGAAAUCCCCCAAUACUGAUCGGAGCAUUCCUACUUUAGAAGCAUUUGUACAGUUCAUGAACAUAUCAAUAUCAUGAUGAAUGAAACUGAAAUGAAUCACUUAGCUUGUUUGUUGUUUGUUUGACAUGACUAACCAAGACGAUCUCUUGAAUUUCAUGCACCACCUGAGCCUGACUGGUUUAGGCUGUCAUGAUUUAUCAACACAUUUCUUGGUAUUUGGCAUGAAAGUAUCGCUGAAUGUAUUUAAUAGUCAGGCACAAAAAAAAACGGCGUGCUGCGCACAUUUUUACAAACUUGCAUGUAGUGUUUCUUUAUAUUGCACUUGUGCAUCAAAAGCAUAAUUUCACAAAUCUCGAUGACAUGAAAAUUAAUAUCAGUUUGGUAAUUCGGCUCAAAAUCAUGGUGCAUUUAUAGUUUUUAGGUGUCCUGUGUCAUGUAGAUUUAAAUUUUUGUGUUAAUAAAGGUUUUGUGUGUACCGAAGCUGUGGCAGUCUUUAAACAUGACCAACAGAUAUGAACCCCAACUUUAUAUUGAAGAUGUGUGAAUGUGCGGGGAGAUCUACUGUAUAUUGACAAGAUAUCAUUUGAUAAACAUGCGCACUCAAUGACAUGUUGGUUUGUUUUCAUUCCAGCCUGUACGUUUUGUGUUUAUAACUGAUGCCAAACAUAAUCCCCGACAGCGAAGAAGAUACCGCAAUAAUGAAUGCAAAAAUAAUAAACACGAACCGCUGCAUGGCAACACGCUCAUAAUUCAAAUCUACGUUUUUAGACGUGUGGCACGAGAACGUUCCUCUUCGACCGUCUUGCAAAACUGGAGAAGUCACCU